AUGGGUCUCAACAAGGAGACGGACGUCCACCGGCCCGGGCCGGACAGCGAGUCCUCGUUCUGGGCCGAGACCGGGCCCGACGAGAAGCGGAGCGGCGAAAACACUGGACCACAUCCGGGUCUCGCUGACACGAAGAACGAUGAUGGGAGCGACCUUUCACCAGCUGAGCUUGAGGAUGGAAAACAACAGCGGCAUGCACAUCAAACCGAUGACGUUGAUCACGACGAUGAAACCGGCGACGGAGACGGCGUACUCUCCCGGGUCGCCAGCCGAGUCAUCACCAAAGUCACGACCAAAUCCAGCUUCAACCCAGGGCCACCCCCCAAUGGAGGACUCCAAGCCUGGACAGCCGUCGCCUGCACCCACAUCGUGGUCAUGAACACCUGGGGCAUAGUCAACUCCUUCGGCCUCUUCCAAACCCACUACACCACCUCCCUCUCCCGGCCCCCCUCCGACAUCUCCUGGAUCGGCUCCCUGCAAAUCUUCCUCCUCUUCUUCGUCGGCGCCGUCACCGGCCGCCUCACCGAUGCCGGCUACUUCCGCCCCGUCUUUGCCCUCGGCGUCGCCCUCAACCUCAUCGGCAUCUUCACCGCUUCCGUCGCAACCCAGUACUGGCACGUCGUCCUCGCCCAGGGCAUCUGCAUGGGUCUGGGCAACGGGUGUUUGUUCUGUCCGUGUAUCUCGACGGUGUCGACGUAUUUCUCUACGCGCCGAGCGCUGGCGAUGGGGAUGGCCGCGUGUGGGAGUGCGACGGGCGGGCUGGUGUUUCCGAGUAUGGUACGGCAGUUGUUGCCCACGCAGGGGUUUGCGGCGGCGAUGCGGGCAAUUGGGUAUGUGCAGGUCGCGACGUUUGCGGUGGCGUUGGUGGGGUUGAAACCGAGGAUUCCGGCGAGGCGGACGGGGGCCUGGGUGGAGUGGAAGGCGUUUGCGGAGGGGGAGUAUUCGUUGUAUGCUGCGGGGAGCUUUUCGUUCUUUCUCGGGUUGUACUUUGCCUUCUACUACAUCUCCUCCUUCAGCCGCGACAUCAUCGGCAUGGAGUACACCUCCAGUCUUAACCUCCUCCUCGUCAUGAACGGCGUCGGCAUCCCGGGCCGCCUGCUCCCGAACCAUCUCGCCGACCGUUUCGGCACCAUCAACAUGUUAAUCCCCUCCGCCGGUCUUGCCGGCAUAUGCGUAUUCUGCUGGAUGGCCGUGAAUUCCACCUCUGGCUUGUACGUCUGGUGCUGCUUCUACGGCAUGCUCGCGGGCGGAAUCCAGAGCCUGUUCCCAGCGGGCGCUAGCAGUCUGACCACGGACCUGCGGAAAUCCGGAGUUAGAAUGGGCAUGUUAUUUACGAUUGUCAGCUUUGCCACGCUAGCCGGGCCGCCGAUUGCGGGCGCCAUCAUCACGGCCGGGGGCGGGUCGUAUUACGGGGCGCAGGCGUUUGCGGGGGCGUCGUUGUUGCUUGGGAUGGUGCUUAUGGUCGCGGCCAGGGUGGUGAAGGUGAGGAGGCUCAGACGGGACGGGGAGCUGACAAAGAGCGGGUGGAAGGUGAAGGUGUAA